AUGGACACGGUGGAGGGGCUGUUCGACGUCUCCGACGAGCACAAGCGGGACUUGCUGGAGGCGCUGCAGGUGCUGAGUGCGCUUCAGGGCGACUCCCCGAGCCUCGAUGAGCUCUUGGUGGCUGCCCGCAUCAACUGCAUCAGCAAGAUCGAGGUGUACUUCCUUCAAGACCCCUCCCAGCUGAGGCAGCCGCUCAACCUGCGCAAUGAGGCGGCGGCAGUCUCCCUGCUGCUCGGCCACUACGGCAGCAGGCGAAGCCGCAGCAGCGGCGACCCGGCCCAGGCAGCCCUGCUGGCAGCGCUCGCUGAGUACAGCCGGAAGCUGUGGCCGGAGCUGGCCAGCGGCGACGUGGCGGUGAGCAGCGGCAGCGGCAGCGGCAGCGGCAGCGGCUUGGAUGGCUCGAGCAGCUCAGGGCAGCCAGAGCAGCAGGCCGCGCAGCUUCCGCGCGGCCAGGCCGCUCCACCAGGCAGCCCCGGUGCCGAUUUCGAGGCGUGGGCGCGGGAGCAGGGCGUGGCAGCCGCCAUCUCCCUUGCCAGCUUUGGCAGCCUGCGCGGCUGCGCUGCCAGCCGGGACGUGGCCCCCGGGGAGCCGCUGCUGUCCAUCCCAGCGGAUGUGCUGAUUUAUGAGGAUAGCGUGAAGGGCACAGACCUGGGGCGCAUGCUGCACGCCAUCCCCGACCUCACCAUUGACAACCUGCUCGUCCUGUUCACCAUGAUCGACCGGCACGACGAGGACAGCAGGUGGGCACGGUACUGGCACUCCCUGCCGGACAAAUACUACACAGGCAUCUCCUUCCCCCAGCCGCUGGUUGACUCCCUGGCCGGUACCGCAGCGCACCUGGAGCUGGCCCGCGCCCAGCAGCACCUGCAGGACCAGUAUGCCGCCACCCGCCCUCUGUUUGACAUGCUACUGACAGCCUACCCCCAGUUUCUCAAACCCGAGUGGUUUGACUAUGACUGCUACCUGUGGGCUGCCGAGCUGUGGUACAGUUACGCUUUUGAGGUGGAGUUUCCAGCAGAGACACCCAAGGGAGCAGCAGCAGCAGCAGCGGGGCCCAAGAGCGGUGCGUCCGCCGCCAGCCGCGGGAAAGGCACCAAGGGCAAGGGCAGCGGCAGUAAGGCGAAGCGCAGUGGCAGCAAGGCCAGCAGUUUGGCAGCGGGCACAGCGGUCGCAGGUGUCAGCGGCAGCAGCAGCAGCGGCGGCGGCAGCAGCAGCAGCAAGCCAGUCAUGGUGCCGUUUGCCUGCCACAUCAACCACAGCCCCUGGCCUCACUGUGUGCGGUACGGCAGGCUGAACCCCAAGACCCGCACCCUGGACUAUCCAGCAUUCCGCCCCUGCCAGGCGGGCCAGCAGGUCUUCAUCUCGUACGGCCCGGUGCCCAACCUGAAGCUGCUCUGCUACUACGGCUUUGUGGUACCGCACAACCCCCACGACCUCGUGCCGCUGCAGCUGGAGCCGCCAGAGGGGCCCCUCAAGCAGCAGCAGCUGGCGGCGAUGGAGGCGCUGGGGCUGGGCCUGGAGCACAGCCUGCAGGACGGGCCGCUGUCCAAGCAGCUGCUGGCCUGCCUGCGGCUGAUUGUGGCCACGUCGGCCGAGCUGCAGCUGGUGGUCAAGCACAAGGUAGACCCGCUGGCUGGCGCCAUCGCGCCCGAAAACGAAGACCAGGCGCUGCGGACGCUAGAAGCAGCGCUGGUGGAGCUCCUAGCACCGCUGGAGCUCCUGCCGCUGCUGCUAGAAGAGGAUCUGCCGGCGGAGGCAGGAGCGGUGGAAGGUGCAGAAGCUAGGCAGGCUGAUGUGUCAGCGGCUGGCGGCAGCAGCGGCGGCGGCAACGAUGGGGAGACGGCGCCUGCGCAGGAGCAGGCAGAAGGGGCACUAGAGCAGCUGCACCUGCAGGGUGCCGCAGCGGCAGCAAGCGGCAGCAUGAGUCAGGAAGCAGCAGCAGGGCAGCAUCAGGAGGGUGGCAGCAUGGAAGCCAAGCCGCAGCAACAGCAGCAGCAGCAGCAGCAGGAUCAGUGCAACGAGAACGGUUUCGAUGCCGACUGGCACAUGAGCCGCCGCUUCUGCAAGAUUUACCUGCAGGGGCAGCACCACAUCCUGCAGCGCAGCCUGCAGGAGUGCCGCCGCCUGCUUCGACCAUGA